AUUUUCUUCAUAUAACAAUAUUUGACAAAGUUCUCCAAGCAUUAGUCAUAGUUAAGCAUUCUUUAAAAUAUUUCAUACAUUUUAACUUAUUAAAUAGAAUCAUUAAGUGUGCACAUGCUUUUGGAGAACAAUGACAAAGUACAUCUGGUCCUUGUUCUUCAUCCUUUUUUUAAAACUAUACUUAUUUAGUUGGCAUUUGGCCGCUGAAUUCUCACCGGUGAUACAAACUACCAAAGGACCGGUUAAGGGCCUCGUUUUUACGACCAUCAGAGAAUCCAAGAAAUAUCAUUCCUACAGAGGUAUCCCUUAUGGCAAAUCACCAGUCGGCCAUCUUCGAUUUAGAGCACCUAUCGAGGUAGAUCCAUGGUCCAAAGUGUUCGAUGCUACAAAGGAUGGUCCUAAUUGUCCACAAAUAUAUAAUGAAACAUUUAUCGGCCAGGAGGAUUGUCUGAAUCUCAAUGUCUACACUCCGCAGCUUCCUAAAGAUGAAAAUGACGGUAAUCUCAAAGCUGUUAUGUAUUGGAUUUUUGCGGGUGCCCUCGUUGAUGGAACACCUUCGAAAUUGUAUCACUCUCCUGAUUAUCUUAUCGAAGAGGAUAUCGUAGUCGUCGUUGUUAAUUACCGAUUGGGUGCCCUUGGAUUUUUAGCUCUGCAACAUCAAAAUGCAACUGGUAACGCAGGUCUGAAAGAUCAAAACCUUGGUCUCAGAUGGGUUCGCGACAACAUAGCAAAAUUUGGUGGUGAUCCAAACAAGGUGACGAUAGCUGGUGAAAGUUCUGGUAGCCUGAGUGUAGGUUAUCACAUACUUUCAGAGAAAUCGAAAGGUCUAUUCCGUAGUUCAAUUGCGAUGAGUGGGGUACCAUUAUGGUCCAGUGCAUUCAGUACUCCAGAACAUGCAACACAAAGAGCUUACGAAUUUGCUAAGAAACUUGGAUCCACGGCUACUAACGUUGAUGAGUUACUUGAAUUUUAUUAUCAAGUCGAUGUAAAAAAUUUAACUAAAACGAUUGCAAACGCAAUACAAAUAGAUAUUCCGUUGAGGCCAACUCUGGAGAAUCCAAAUUACGGUCCAGAUUGGUUCAUAACUGAAUGCUCAUUAAAGAAAUACAAUUCUGGAAAUUAUAAUCAUGGACCUCAUAUGUUAGGCUACACCAAAGACGAAAUUAUUACAUUCCUAAGAACAAAAAAAGAUAUUUAUAGAUGUAUAAAACUUUCAUGGCAAUACGCUUCUAAACUUGGAGUUACAAAACUCGACAUGCCAAAUAUAGAGUAUGGUAUAACGAAUGCCACCUUACAUCAAAUCAUAAAGACUAUUUCGGAAGUUCUCUUUAUAUCUCCUAUAGAUUACACACAAAAAUUAAUGUCAAAAUUCGACGAUCCUAUUUAUUAUUAUCGAUAUAAUUUCGUUUAUGACAAACCGCUACACAAAGUCGUAUUAGGCUCUAACUUGAUCGGUGCGGGACACGGUGACGAUAUUGAAAUGAUAUUUUAUUCAGAUUUAUUCCAAGUAAAUCCCAAGGCAAACAACAGUAUGACGCUGCUACAACGAAGAAUGACUCGUUUGUGGACGAAUUUUAUUAAAUACGGAAAUCCUACUCCAGAUGGUAUCAACGAUACUCUAUUAAAUAUUGUUUGGCCGGAUUCGAGAAAAUCUGGUAAAAUGUUGUGGUUAAAUGAUAAUUUGGAAGUACACGAUCGAUUCAAAAGUAAUGAUAUUACUAUGAUUGAAACUGGGUUACAAUUAUCCGGUGGACCAAUUAAUGGAUGUGAUAUCAAGUGGAAAAAAUCUGAGCUAACAAUGAAGAAGUACAAUUUACCCUUGUUCUCCGUUCUUCUUUUGUUCGAUUGGUCAUUGGCCGCUGAAUUCUCACCAGUGAUAGAAACUACAAAAGGACCGGUUCAGGGUCUCGUUUUAACAACCAUCAGAGAAUCUAAGAAAUAUCACUCUUAUAGAGGUAUUCCUUAUGGCAAACCACCAGUUGGUUAUCUUCGAUUCAGUGCACCUGUCGAGGUAGAUCCAUGGACCGAAGUGUUCGAUGCCACAAAGGAUGGUCCUAUUUGUCCACAAAUAUAUAAUGAAACAUUUGUCGGCCAAGAGGAUUGUCUGAAUCUCAAUGUCUACACUCCGCAGCUCCCUAAAGAUGAAGAAGACACUGAACUCAAAGCUGUUCUCUAUUGGAUUUAUGGGGGUUCCUUCCUUCGUGGAGUAGCUUCGAAAUUCUAUUACGGUCCUGAUUAUCUCAUCGAAGAGGACAUCGUAGUCGUCACUGUUAAUUACCGAUUGGGUGCUCUUGGAUUUUUAGCUCUGCAACAUCAAAAUGCAACUGGUAACGCAGGUCUGAAAGAUCAAAACCUUGGUCUCAGAUGGGUUCGCGACAACAUAGCAAAAUUUGGUGGUGAUCCAAACAAAGUGACGAUAGCUGGCGUAGGUGCUGGUAGCGUUAGCGUAGGCUAUCACAUACUUUCAGAGAAAUCGGAAGGUCUGUUCCGUAGUUCAAUUUUGAUGAAUGGGGUACCAUUACAUACCUUUGGAUUUAUUACACCAGAAGAUACAGUACGAAAAGCUUACGAAUUCGCUAAGGAACUUGGAUCCACGGCUACUAACGAUGACGAGUUACUGAAAUUUUAUUAUCAAGUCGAUCUAGAAAGUUUGACUAGAACGGUUACAAAUUCAACGCAAAUGGAUUUUUCAUUGAAGCCAACUCUGGAGAAUCCAAAUUAUGGUCCAGAUUGGUUCAUAACUAAAUGUGUAUUACAGUUAUUUGGAAAUCAUAAUCGUGGACCUUAUAUAAUAGGCUACAACAAUGACGAAACUACUGCAUUCGCAGAAGAAUUGGAAAAUAUUCGAUAUUAUAUCAAUGAAUCUGUGCCUCUUAUUUCUGAAUUUAAAAGAGGAAAACCGGAGAAGCUGGAUAUAGAAAAAGAUGUAACGAAUGCCAGCAUAUAUAAGAUUAUUAAGGAAUUGAAUUUUGUGGCUCCUGUAGAUUUCACUCAAAAGUUAUUGACAAACUUCAAUGAUACAAUUUAUUACUAUCGAUAUGAUUUCGGUUAUAAUAAAUCGCUACACGAUAUCAUAGAUCACUUUGAUAUAGACGGUGAGACACGCGCUGACGAAAUUAAAAUGAUAUUUUAUUCGGAAUUAUUUCAAGUAAAUCCCAAGGCAAACAACAGUAUGACGCUGCUACAACGAAGAAUGACUCGUUUAUGGACGAAUUUUGUUAAAUACGGAAAUCCAACUCCGAAUGAUACCAAUGAUGCUUUACUAAACGUAGUAUGGCCAGAUUCAAAAAAAUCUGGUGAAAUGUUGUGGUUGAAUAAUGAUUUGAGCGUACAUAAUCGAUACAAGACUUUGAUUAUGGAUGUAGUUGAAAGUAACUUGAAAUUUUUCGGCGGUGUUAUUAACGGGUGUAAUAUAAACUGGAAUAAAAUAUAAAUAACCUACAACGUUAACUAUGAAUUAUUGUUAACUCUAUAUAUAUAUAUUAAAUAAUAAUUUUGCUAAAUCGUU